UGGUCAGAGGUCAGGGGGUGAGAGCGAAGAUAAAUGGUUUUUUCAGUCUGAAGAAAAAUUGAUCUAGUUACCCUGGGGCUUUAGCCUCUUUCCGAGAGAGAAAAAACAGGUAUAGAAACCUAUGCCUAUCCUCAGGAGGUCUGUCUGUUCAAGGUGAUGAGCCUCUCUUCUUCUAGAAUGUGAAAGCACCUGGGACUAGGCCAUGACCAAGGAGGAAGGCAAUCCAGGCAUGGCAGCAGGAUGGGGGCAGUUUGGCAGAUGGGAGAUUGGUGCUGACAGAGCUCUCGGAUUUCCCUAGCCCACACUAGGUGGUUGCCUCAGAUCAGUACCAUCAGCACAUGCUGGAGUGGCUAAGGAAGGCAUCCUGAAGGAAGCCCCAGCAGUUGAGGGGAAGGGGAGAGCAUUCUAAUGGCACCAGCAAAGUUGUGAUGGUGGGAGGGGACACUGAGGCAGGUGGGAGGUGGCCCGAGGCCGAGGUGUAGCCUGCCAGGUCAGAGAAUGGCACACUGAGGCUCCUUCCUGGUUCUCCACACACUCUUGCACAGGCCAGAUGAGCAAAACUUCCCCAGGGCAACAGAACGGAACAGCCUCGUCAUGGAAGGCCCUCCCGGAUCAGGACCUUUCCGGCCGGUGGGAGGACUCAGAGAGGAAGCGGAAACACCUUCCUGACCGACAGGAGGAGCCUGCAGCCAAGAGUGAGAAGGCCGGCCCCCGGGGCCAGCACUGGUUGCACAGGGACCUGCGCGUGCGCUUUGUGGACGGGCAGCACAAGGGCGGCCAGUAUUACAACACCAAGAUGACGAUUGAAGAUGUCCUCAGCCCAGAUACCUGUGUGUGUAGGACAGACGAAGGCCGGAUCCUGGAAGGCAUAAAGGAAGGCAUGCUGGAGACCCUGGUCCCCAAGGUCGAGGGGAACCGGGUGAUGGUGGUGCUGGGGCCACAGGCUGGAAGGGUGGGCCACCUGCUGGGCCGGGACACAGAACGGAGCCGGGCUCUGGUGCAGCUGCGGAGAGAGAAUCAGCUGGUGGAGCUUCACUAUGAUGCUGUCUGCCAGUACGUGGGCCCCAGGGACUCUGAUGAAGACUGACCCGCGGCCCCACUCCCACCCCCACCCCACCAUCCCCGGCCUGCUGCCGGCUCUGUACAGUGUGAAAAGCCUGUCUUCGCAGAGGUGGGGAGGUCACCAUUCCGCCGUCUGCUUGCACUGCAGCUCCAGGACAAGGAGAGGGACAGGGCACGAGAUAGACGGACCAGAAGGGAGGCUCGAAACAAACUGAGUAUUUUCCAGAAGUUAGUGUGUAAUAAAAAUCAUUUCCCAAACUUAGCAGAAUGAUGAGAUCAUAAAUGUGUGCUGAGCUGAGUGGAAGUGGGAGCUGGGCUGACUGAGGUGGGAGCCAUUCCGGGCUUCAGCCCCACGGCCCUGUAGGGGCCGACAGACAAGUCAAAGGAUCCACCUGCUCACGAGCUCAUUCUUGGAACACCGAAGCUAUGAAGUGUGUCCCUUGAGCAGAUACUACGGAGCCUGGAAUGCCGCAUCUCUGCACAACUUUCUGAGUGAGAAUCCCAACAGUGGCUCUGCUUUUACUCUUGGCCCAGAUCAGAUACCUCGCGCCGGUGACGAGAGUCCAGAGGAAAGGGAGGCUUCUACCCACAAAUAGGCUAUGUUUGUGCUACCUCCCAGAGUGGCCAGUUAAUUUUGGGGCCCCCAUUUUAGGCUCCAAACUUUGGCUUGACGGUAAAAAAGUUUUGUGUGUCCCGGGUAGAAUUUCUCUGAUUCCUCCAGGUAACUGGACUCUCAGAAAGGUUAUUGUCAGACAGUCCUUAAACUUUUUCCUAUUUAAUGGGCUGAGAUAGAAAAGCAGCAAGGGAAGCCAGAGCUUUAGGCACAAUUGCUUCUAAAUUAUCCCCAGUCACUAAGUUGUUGAUGUAAUAAAUGGUGUAUGAGCUAGAUCUAUACCCCCCAGUAUAAAUUCAUGACAUGUCAGAACAUGGCACAGCACUGGAGAAUUUUUUUUUAAAUAACUGAAUUAUCGCAUUGAAAUUCUUACAACUCUUUUUUUCUGAUUAAAUCUUUAAAAAAUUGUUUUUAA